CACUUUUGUUGAGUGAGCAGAGAGAUCACCAUCAGCAUGUCUGGCUCCGUCAACAUAGAAGUGUCUCCCCCUCCCUCAGGCCUUGAAGCAGAGUAUGAGACACUCUUCACCACUGAUUCUCUCCUCUUCCUUCAUGAGCUCAUCUCCACAUUUGAUGAGGAGGUGAAUCAGUGUCUGUGGCUACGAGUUGCCAAAAAGGCCAACUUGGAGCUGUCAGGUCACCUGCCAGGUUUCCUGGAAGACACCAUACACAUCAGAAGCGACCCAACCUGGAGGGUGCUCCCCUUACCCCCGAGACUCCAGAGAAGACAUGUGGAUAUUGGGGAUUUAGCCCCAUGCAAUAGUCAAUGCUUUGUCAAAGCUCUCAACUCACCAGCACAAGGCAUUCAGGUCGAUUUCGAUGAUGGGAACUGCCCUACAUACUACAACCAGAUCAAAGGCAUUCACAAUGUUGUUAAAGCGGUGCACAACCAGUUUCCUGACGUUCCACACAUAUCUCAGGCUCCUGUGCUGAUGCUGCGUCCCCGUGCUUGGAACAUGGUUGAGCACAACAUGAUGGUGGAGGGUAAGGAGGCUCCUGGUCCUCUCUUUGACUUUGGACUCCUCAUGUUUCACUGUGGAAAGAGACUGUUUGAAAACGAGAGUGGACCCUUUUUCUACCUAUCAAAAAUAGAAAGCUUCAUGGAGGCCAGACUAUGGAACAAGAUAUUUGUCUGGACGCAACAGAAGCUUGGCCUUCCCAUUGGCAGCAUUAAGGCAACGGUGCUAAUUGAAAACAUAUUAGCAGCUUUUGAGAUGGAGGAGAUUCUUUAUGAGCUGCGAGACCAUUCAGCGGGACUCAACUGUGGUGUCUGGGAUUACUCUGCCUCCGUUGUCAAUAAGUUUGGACAUCGACAGGCCUUCUUGCUGCCUGACCGCAGGAAAUAUGUCAACAUUGACACAACCUUCCUGCGCAGCUACAUGGACCUGUUGAUCCAGACAUGUCAUCGGCGGGGAGCACUGGCCACAGGAGGCAUGUCUGCUUUCCUUCUACCUCAGGACCCCCUCUCUGAGUCCCACAGGACAGUGUUGGCUACUGUCACCAGACAGAAGCUGAUCGAGAUCAAGGCAGGUGUGGAUGGUUUCAUGGUAUAUGAUCUGAACCUGAUUGAGCCCAUGCAGACACUCUUCAAACUUCAUACUGAAGGUGAUAAUCAGCUUCACCAGCUUCGAAAUGAUGUCACUGUGACUCCUGAGGAUCUACUCUCCGUACCUUUGGGAGGAAUCACCCUUGAUGGUUUGAAGUAUAACAUUGCAGUUGGUGUCCUCUUUAUUAAUGCUUGGCUCUCAGGGGAAGGUGUCUUUUUCUACAGAGGCUGCGUUGAAGAUUCAGCCACAGCAGAUAUUUCCAGAUCACAGGUGUGGCAGUGGAUCCGUCAUCAUCCUCAGUUGGAGGAUGACAGCAGGGUGGUGAGCAGGCAGCUGGUGACUGACCUCAUGAAGGAGGUCAUGGUGGAGCUCAGCAGUCUGUGCCAUUCUUUAAGGGAAACGCAGAGGCUACUCACAGCAGCGGAUAUGUUCCUGGAGAUGGUCCUCAAGAGAGAUUUCCCAGAGUUCAUCACCACCUACUUGAAUGAGGACCACACCUUUCUCAGCUCUCAGAGCACAAGACAGGCGGCCGCUCUGGAUAAACAUGGGCACCAUUCCAACCUGUGAAGGGCGAGCUGGAACACAGCUUUUUGUAAACACUUUUGGACAUUUUUCAUUGUAAUGACUUGGAUUAGUGCUCCAUGUCUGCAUCGCUCUGUCACUGGCUGCAUGUAUCUGAUGAUGGAAACUAGACUUGGGUUUCAAAUAAUCUGCAGAUGUGAGAUUUAUUGCCUCAAUUUCUGUUAAACUCUUGAAUGAAUUUAAAUCAAUAACCUUCCCUUGUUAGAAAUAAAC